AUGGCAACUGUGAACACAGAUGCCACAGAUAACGACAUAUCCAGAUUUAAAGUCAUCUUCACCUUGGUGGUCUCUGGAAUACAGUGCAUCAUAGGUGUCACUGGGAAUGGCUUCAUUACCGCCAUCUAUGGGGCUGAGUUGGUCAGAGGAAAAAAGCUCCCCACUGGUGACUGCAUUCUGUUGAUGCUCAGCUCUUCCAGGCUGUUGCUACAAAUGUGGAUGAUGCUGGAGAACAUUUACAGUCUAUUACUCCGCGUCGCUUAUAACCAAAACACGGUGUAUACACUCUUCAAAGUCGUCAUAGUGUUCCUAAACUAUUCCAACCUGUGGUUUGCCACCUGGCUCAAUGUCUUCUAUUGUCUAAGGAUUGUGAACUUCACUUACCCCUUGUUCUUCACGAUGAAGAGGAAGAUUCUAGUGCUGCUGCCUUGGCUUGUGAGGCUGUCAUUGUUGGUUUCCUCAGGCUUCAGUUUACCCUUCUAUAAAGACGUCUUCAAUGUGUACGUGAACAGUUCCAUUCCUGUCCCCUCCACCAACUCCACUGAGAAGAAAUACUUCUCUGAGACCAAUGUGCUCAACCUGGCAUUUUUCUACAACCUGGGGAUCUUCAUUCCUCUGAUCAUAUUCAUCUUGGCAGCCUCCCUGCUGAUCCUCUCUCUCAAGAGACACACCCUGAACAUGAAGAGUGGUGCCACUGGCUCCAGGGACCCCAGCAUGGAGGCUCACUUGGGGGCCAUCAAGGCUACCAGCUACUUUCUCAUUCUCUACAUUUUCAAUGCAGUUGCCCUAUUUGCUUCCCUGUCCAACAUCUUUGACACCUACAGUUCCUGGAAUAUUUUGUGCAAAAUCAUCAUGGCUGCCUACCCAGCUGCCCACUCAGUGCAACUGAUCCUGGGCAACCCUGGACUAAGAAGAGCCUGGAAGCGGUUCCAGCACCAACUUCAUCUUUACCUCAGAAAGCAGAAUCCAUGA